UUUUAUUUAAAAGCACCGAAACGUCAGCCCUGGCCACGUCUCAUCAUCUGUCUCUGACAAGUGAAAGAUGAAAUUAAAGAUAUAACCUAUAUUCAUGUUUUCAACGCAAAACAUUAAUCGCAUCAACUCAAAAGAUAUGAGAAUAUAAUUUCAUAAAAUCAAAAUACAAUACAGAUAUUAAAGCAAAAUGGUUUUAGCGGACUUAGGUCGUAAGAUUACGACUGCCUUGCAGUCCUUAAGCAAGGCAACAAUUAUAAACGAAGAGGUUUUAAAUGGAAUGCUUAGUGAGAUUUGUCGAGCUUUGAUAGAGGCUGAUGUUAAUAUAAAGUUGGUCAAAUCACUACGAGAAAAUGUUAAAUCUGUUAUUGACUUUGAUGAAAUGGCUGGAGGUCUCAACAAGAGACGCAUGAUUCAAAGUGCAGUUUUUAAAGAACUUGUUAAACUUGUAGAUCCUGGAGUAAAGCCUUAUCAACCAAUUAAAGGAAAGCCAAAUGUAAUAAUGUUUGUUGGCUUGCAAGGGUCUGGUAAAACUACAACUUGUACAAAAUUAGCUUAUCAUUAUCAGAAAAAAAAUUGGAAGUCUUGUCUUGUAUGUGCUGAUACUUUCAGAGCUGGUGCUUAUGAUCAAGUGAAACAAAAUUGUACAAAAGCAAGAAUACCCUUUUAUGGAAGUUACACUGAAAUAGACCCAGUAGUUAUAGCUCAAGAUGGUGUUGAUAUGUUUAAAAAAGAAGGAUUUGAAAUUAUAAUUGUUGAUACUAGUGGAAGACAUAAACAAGAAGAAUCUUUAUUUGAAGAAAUGUUGGCAGUAUCAAAUGCUGUGAAUCCUGAUAACAUUAUAUUCGUCAUGGAUGCUACUAUUGGUCAAGCUUGUGAGUCUCAAGCUAAAGCUUUCAAAGAUAAAGUUGACGUAGGUUCAGUAAUUAUCACAAAAUUGGAUGGACAUGCAAAAGGAGGUGGUGCACUUAGUGCUGUUGCAGCUACUAACAGUCCCAUUAUAUUUAUCGGCACAGGAGAACACAUAGAUGAUUUGGAACCAUUUAAAACCAAACCGUUUGUUAGUAAAUUGUUAGGUAUGGGUGACAUUGAAGGUUUGAUUGACAAAGUAAAUGAAUUAAAAUUGGAAGAUAACGAAGAAUUAUUAGAAAAAAUUAAACACGGACAAUUUACACUCAGAGAUAUGUAUGAACAGUUUCAAAAUAUAAUGAAAAUGGGACCGUUUUCACAAAUUAUGGGUAUGAUACCAGGAUUUAGCCAAGAUUUUAUGUCAAAAGGUAGUGAACAAGAGUCAAUGGCGAGACUAAAAAGAUUAAUGACAAUAAUGGACAGUAUGAAUGAUUAUGAAUUAGACAACAAAGACGGAGCAAAGUUAUUUACAAAACAACCAGGAAGAGCUGUCAGAGUUGCCCAGGGCUCAGGAGUAACAGAAAGAGAGGUCAAAGACCUGAUCACUCAGUACACAAAAUUCGCAGGUGUAGUAAAAAAAAUGGGUGGCAUAAAAGGUCUUUUCAAGGGCGGCGAUAUGGCCAAAAAUGUUAACCACAAUCAAAUGGCAAAACUUAACCAACAAAUGGCAAAAAUGAUGGACCCGAAGGUACUUCAACAAAUGGGUGGCAUGGCAGGGUUACAAAAUAUGAUGAGACAGCUCCAAGCCGGUGCGGCUGGAGGUUUGGGUGGUCUAGGUAAUCUUAUGGGCGGCUUUGGGGGUAAAUGAUAAUUAUUUAUUUUAUUCUUUGUAUGUGUAUACAGUAAUUCUUUCAAUAAUGGAAUAAAAUUUUUUGAUUUUUAUUAAUUGAUUCAUUUGAAUAUUUGAAAAUAAUACUUUAUAUUUUCUUACUCAUAAUUUUAUAAUAUAUCUUAUAAUAUUAGUACAAUGUUGCUAAACUGUCUAAAUUGCUUAACUCUAAUUUGCACGUUAUCUUAUUUAAUUGUUUACUGAAUGAAAAUUUGUCUGUAAUCAUUGAAACUCGCGUCCACAUUGCUUUUAAGUUGAUCUUUAGAACAAGUGAAAAAACAGUAUAGAUUUUGAUAGAAUUACUGUCAACCUAAAUACACAUGUGAAGCUAUAAAUAAAGUUAGAUUCAUUUUGAGACUUGGUCUUUUUUUGUUACGUUUCUAAUUGUAGAAAAAUUUUAUAAAGUAUUGUAAUGAUUCAUUUCUACAAAUAUAUGAUUUUCUAUGA